AUGCAAGGGGAGCCAAACCCUAGUGCUUCCCUUAUUGACAGGACCAUCAAGAUGAGAAAAGAAACUGAGGCUAGGAAAAUGGUUUUAGCCUGGGGACUCCUAAAUGUAUCUAUGGCUGGCAUGAUAUACAUUGAAAUGACUGGAAAGUUGAUUAGUUCAUAUUAUAAUGUGACAUACUGGCCCCUCUGGUAUAUUGAGCUUGCCCUUGCAUCUCUUUUCAGCCUUAAUGCCUUAUUUGAUUUUUGGAGAUAUUUCAAAUAUACUGUGGCACCAAGAAGUCUGGUUGUUAGCCCUGGACAGCAGGGUUUGGGGUUGAAAACAGCUGUUGUACAGACUACUCCUCCACAUGACCUGACAGCAACACAGAUCCCUCCCUCUCCACCUUCCCUUUCCAUUCAGGGUCAGAGUGUAUUGAGUUAUAGCCUAUCCCAUUCACCCAGCACCAGUCCCAAGUUCACUACCAGCUGUAUGACUGGAUACAGCCCUCAACUACAAGGUCUGUCUUCAGGUGGCAGUGGUUCUUACAGCCCUGGAGUGACCUACUCACCCAUCAGUGGUUAUAAUAAGUUGGUGAGCUUUAGUCCCUCUCCUCCUUCAUACCCUACCACUGUUGGACCAGUAGAGAGCAGCGGGCUGAGAUCUUGCUACCGUUCUUCUCCCACUGUCUAUAACUCACCUACUGACAAAGAAGACUACAUGAAAGACCUACGGACUUUGGAUACUUUUCUUAGGGGCGAAGAAGAGAAACAGCAUAGGGUUAAGCUGGGGAGCCCAGAUUCUACAUCUCCUUUGAGCAGUCCUACUUUCUGGAACUAUAGUCGUUCUGUGGGGGAUUAUGUGCAAACUCUGAAGAAAUUUCAGUACCAGCUUGCCUGUAGAUCUCAGGCCCCAUGUGCUAACAACGAUGAAGCCGAUCUCAGUUCUAAACAAGCUGCAGAAGAGGUAUGGGCAAGAGUGACUAUGGAUAGACAACUUCUUGAUCAUAUGGAUUCAUGGACAGCUAAGUUUAGAAAUUGGAUCAAUGAGACAAUAUUAGUGCUGCUUGUACAAGAGAUUGAGUCUGUCAGCACACAGAUGAGAUGAAUGGGCUGUCCAGAGCUACAAAUAGGGGAGGCUAGUAUUACUAGCUUGAAACAAGCUGCCUUGGUCAAAGCCCCUCUCAUUCCAACUCUGAAUACAAUCGAGCAGUAUCUACACCUUACACCAAAUCAGGAAUACUUGUUUGAAAGGAUCAAAGAAUUUUCUCCGGGAGGUUGCAUGAGAUCAUUCCGAUGGAAUAGAAGUGGAGACUUCGAAGGACGAAAGUGGGAGACAGACCUGCCCAAUGAUUCUGCCAUCAUCAUGCAUGUAUUUUGCACCUACCUUGAUUCCAGAUUGCCUCCACAUCCUAAGUACCCCGAUGGAAAAACAUUUACUUUUCAGCACUUUGUUCAGACACCAAAUAAACCAGACAUUACAAAUGAGAAUAUUUUUUGCAUUUAUCAGAGUGCUAUCAACCCUCCCCAUUAUGAGCUGAUAUACCAGCGCCAUGUCUACAAUCUUCCCAAGGGCAGAAAUAAUAUGUUUCAUACCUUGUUAAUGUUUCUCUACAUCAUAAAGAAAGAGUCAGGAAUGCUUGGGAGAGUUAAUCUUGGUCUAUCCGGCGUGAAUAUUUUGUGGAUUUUUGGUGAGUAUGGGUCAUUUAAUUCCAAACAUUUGGACUUUUGUUUCACCAAACGAGAAGUUGAAUCUAGGCAACUCUGAGCCAUUUAUUUCUAUGAAAUAAGAUACACAUGUGU